AGAAGCAGCUCUUUGCAUCUCUAGUGAAAGCGCUUUUGACUCGCCAAGUUUACCGGAGGAGAAAUCACCGGGAUUUUUGCAGCAGCUUCCGGCUUCUGUGUGCAUCUCUGUGUGUUUUUCUCCAGCGGGGACUCUCUGCCGUUUGAGAUUCUCAGCUCCGGAUGAGCAGGUAGCAAGCACGCGUGCGGGGCUGGACAUCUUAGCGAACUCCUCUCCUUGUUCCUGGAGGACACUGGCUCUCUCUGGGACACCCUGAGCACGUGAGACCGGCGUUUCCAGCUGGGCACCGGGAGAAAUUUACCUACAACUCUCUCUGGGAUCCACAGGGACCGAACAUCUCGCUCUGCGGUGAUAUUUGAUUUGGUUGUGUUUGUGUCAGAAAGUCCUUUGAGGGGGGUUUAGAAGUCUCUGUGUGUCUUUUGGGAAGUGUUGUGGUGGGGUUUUUGAGAGCCAGCUCUAGCGCCAGGGCUUGCAACCCAGUCCUUUCUGUGUUUGACACUCGCACGGUCGGAGCCAUGCAGCUGGAUAAUGUCACCAAUGCGGGCAUCCACUCCUUCCAGGGGCACCGUGGAGUUGCCAACAAGCCCAAUGUGAUCCUGCAGAUAGGGAAAUGCAGGGCAGAAAUGUUGGAGCAUGUCAGGAGGACCCACCGGCACCUCCUGUCUGAGGUCUCCAAGCAGGUGGAGCGCGAGCUGAAAGGCUUGCAGAAAUCAGUGGGGAAGUUAGAGAAUAACUUAGAGGACCAUGUCCCAACUGAUAACCAAAGGUGGAAGAAGUCCAUCAAGGCCUGCCUGGCCAGGUGCCAGGAAACCAUUGCCCACCUGGAGAGGUGGGUCAAGAGAGAGAUGAAUGUUUGGAAGGAGGUCUUUUUCCGUCUGGAGAAGUGGGCGGACCGUCUGGAGUCCAUGGGAGGCAAAUAUUGUCCUGGGGACCAUGGCAAACAGACUGUGUCCGUUGGGGUGGGAGGCCCAGAGAUAAGACCAAGUGAGGGGGAGAUUUAUGACUAUGCCCUUGAUAUGAGCCAAAUGUAUGCGCUGACCCCUCCUCCUGGGGAGGUGCCCAGCAUCCCCCAGGCCCAUGAUUCCUACCAGUGGGUCUCUGUGUCGGAGGAUGCUCCAGCCUCCCCAGUGGAGACCCAGGUCUUUGAGGAUCCACGGGAGUUCCUGAGCCACUUGGAGGAAUACUUAAAGCAGGUGGGUGGAACAGAGGAGUACUGGUUGUCUCAGAUCCAAAACCAUAUGAACGGCCCAGCUAAAAAGUGGUGGGAAUACAAGCAGGACUCUGUCAAGAACUGGGUUGAGUUCAAGAAAGAGUUCCUGCAGUACAGCGAGGGGACUCUGACUAGGGAUGCUAUCAAAAGGGAGCUAGAUUUGCCCCAGAAAGAGGGGGAGCCCCUGGACCAGUUCCUUUGGCGCAAGAGAGACUUGUACCAGACCCUCUAUGUUGAUGCAGAUGAGGAGGAAAUUAUCCAAUAUGUGGUAGGCACCCUCCAGCCCAAACUGAAGCGUUUCUUGAGUUACCCCUUGCCCAAGACCUUAGAGCAGCUGAUCCAAAGAGGGAAGGAAGUCCAAGGCAACAUGGACCACUCUGAGGAGCCCAGCCCACAGAGGACCCCUGAGAUUCAGUCAGGAGAUUCUGUGGACAGCGUGCCUCCCUCAACAACUGCCAGUCCCGUGCCAAGCAAUGGGACCCAACCAGAGCCCCCUAGCCCACCAGCUACUGUCAUAUGAUCUAGUGCAAGGGAGGCAGCAGUCUGGGUUACAUGAAAGGGAGAAGGGGGCAUAUUUAGGGAGCUUCUCCUUGGAAAGAGGUUCUGGCUGAGACGGGACAUGAGGUGUGCUCAGUCCAACAGCCCAUAGCAGAGGCAUUAACUUUGCUUCUGGGGGGAGGGAGGCGAUAGGGGAGAGGUACCUUAGGAUGUGGUUGCCCACCUCACCUGAGCCAUGCAGUACGGUGGUGCUGGAGAUACUGCUUGCACCACUGUGGGGAACGGACAAUUUUAUGAGAUCCCUGACAAGAAACUAGAGACAAUUCCCAACUUCAGAGACAGCCUUUUAGCACUGGCAGCUUUCAAGGACUUCAUACAAGUGCAGCAAUUGGCUGAGGGUUCCUACCCAUCUGGAUGUCUCCUUCUCCUUCUCUCCUCCCUCUUCUGAAGAAGGGUCCCUGUCCUGAGGACAUCUUUCUUUUGACCCUUGCCCAUUUCUGAUUUACCUCUGGGCUUCUGUUCACUUGGCAAUCUCCUGUUCUUACUUGCUCCAAAGGAUUAAAUAAUUUUAAAAAAUAUUUUCAGAAGAACUCCUAUGACUUCAGGAACAGAAAACUUUAAGAAUCUGGAUUAUUUUUAGCGGUUUUUAUUUCACUGCACCUAAUACCUGCUUUAAUGUUUUUCUUCUCAAGAGGUUCUUACUGGUUUACUUCUUGUCUUAGUUUCUGCUCACUCUAAUCAAGACCACUGCAGUGCAGAGGUAAUUUCACCCUUUCUCUGCACAUUAUACUGUGUAUUCAGCAGGAAACAGAGUUUCAAAUUAAAUUCUUAGCUCAGGGGCAGUCUGAUUCCUUUCAGAAAAGAGAGGGUGACAAGGUGGUGAGAGGAGGCACCAGAGCUGUUCUGAGAGGGUGGGGGGAGGUAAGGGAAAUAAAUCCUUAUACAUUGAAUUGAACAAACAAACACAUCCUAAAUCUAGAGCAAAAUAUCCCCAGAGCAGCAAAUCGAGUACAUGCUGAUGUGUGGAGACAACAAGAGCUUUUGUCAUGUAAAAGCAAAAAGAAAUGAAGAAAGGAGCUGUGGGUCCCAGCACAGUUUCAGCCUGUGCAUCACAACAAAGGGUUUCUACUCACACAGACAGACUCAAAAUGCUGUUGAAAAGCCUGGCACCCCUGUCCUGGAGCACCUGAGGACUGAUCGUUUUCUAUUCACAAAGAACUUUCUGCAACAUCUCCUUGCCAUGGAUGUAGAUGGACUUGGACUCUGUGACAUUUUCCUUGUUGAGACAGUAAUGCUCAGCAUUCACCUUGCUUUGGCUAACACCUGAUGAUAGGAUGAAACUCCUGUAAGACGUAUCCAAGAAGUUUGGCUCUUCAAAGCUUCUUGAGGCUGGACACAUCUUCAGCGUCAUCUGCAUUCACCACCAGACCAAAUAAACAACACCUCUGCAAGAGAUGCAGCAAGGAUGCAGCAACAGCAGUGCCCCUGGGAUGCUCCUGGCUCUACUACAGCAGUGACAUGUGGCACCGGUGGCUUGGAAGGCCUUUGGUGUGCCUCCUUCCAAGAGC